GACUUCACCGUUCUGCCUGGGUUUCCUUUAUGAUCCCGGGAUCUCCCACUUCCCUCACCAGACAUCAGCCAGCAGCACAGGCGAACACAACUCUCUCUCUCUCUCCCUCACACACACAUACAAACACACACACACACACACUCUCUCCUUGCAGCUGCAACGCAUCCAGAGACCACAGAGAGACUAACACCAGUUCCCGGACUUUAGACGCUGUACCCCGAGUUAUAUAUUCUGAGAAGGAUCCCAGCAGGAGAAACACCAACCACUGCAACCUGCGCACAAAACGGGAUCUACGGCUGUAUUGAAGAUAUAGCCACUGAGGAAAACUUUUAUCUACUUUUUUUCUAAACCUUCACACGCUGGUGAUACUCUAAACUCCUUCGUGCCACAAUGUCCGAGGUGCUGCCAUACAACGAGGGGAAAAUGAGCGGCUACGGGGCGGACAGCGAGGUCAGUCAGAUGUCCUUUAGCUGCGGACUGCAGGACACAAGCGCCUUUUUCGCUGCGUCGCAGGCGAAAAGACCCCCAAAGCUUGGACAGAUCGGCAGAGCCAAGCGAGUGGUCAUCGAGGACGACCGAAUAGACGAGGUCCUGAAGGGGAUGACAGACAAGUCUUCACCUGGCGUUUAAAAUAUGAACGAUGCCUUGCAGACUUUUUAAUUUAAUGAUCACCGAUUUGAAGCACUUGUCGGCUGUGCAUGUUCGAGGAUUGCGGGAGAAAACGAAAACGGCACGAAGCGAGGCUGUGGAUGAUGAAAAGAUGAAAAGGCAAAGAAUGGGGGGAAAAUGGAGAAGGCUGAAGAAAGAAGUAUAAAGGAAGAAAGAGAGAGAGACUCUGGAAAAGACCAAGAUUUAUCAUGGGAUUGCUGGCAAUUCUCCAAACGAAUCCCGAUUUUAACUACUGCUGCGCAGCAAGAUGUUGAGAUGGCGGACACUGCUCUGUAUCUCAACCUCUGCUGACUUUAUUGAUGGAUGAACUUGUCAUUACUUCACGCCCAUCUCUCUUUUUUCCUUUCCAAAAGCGCUGUAAGCAACAAAAUACUGCAACUGGAGGCUGAAGCUAAAUCCCAGCCCUAUUUCAAUAAGUUGUACAGUAGGUAGGCUAAGCUUUCAGACAACCCCCCCCCCCCACCUCCUCCCAUCCCCUCUCCUCCUACUCCUCCUCCUCCUUCCCCCUUUCCGUAGGCUUUGCUUUGUUGAUUCAGUCAGCGACGGUGCAUUCAAGGGAGCUGUCCUUUCAGCACUGGUCCAAUGCAUUCCUGUUGCUGCUAUCGCUUUUUAAAGACAGACCAACCAAACUCUAGAGUCAACUGAAUAGAGGAGACCCAUUGUAUGUAAAAACAUAUAUCCGAGGACGGUGCAAUGUUAAUAUUUUUCUGUAGUAGAACCCUAUUUGUCUUGGCCCUACACUUUAAACAGCAUUUAGGCCAACUGAACCACAGGUUACAUUCUUCUUCUUGCAUUAUUACCCAUCAGUGGUUAAAGGUGCAGGUUGGCGCCUUCAUGUAGCUGAUUUACACCUGCACAUAUCUUAUUUUUCCCCCCUCUCUUUUUCUUUUGUUUUGCAUUUUCCAAUGCUCUAAUAUCUACAGAAGCCAGCGGAGAUGUGGAGAUUAUAGUAAAUGUUUAAAAUAAUAGUCAUGAAAUUGAUGGGAAAAAUGUUCUUUCUAUAAUUUGGGUAUUUUCAUUUUUUGCGAUUAUUCGUGUUUUCGUCUUCUAUAAAUUAAAGUUUUUCUCCAUCUAUUUGCAUGAACUUUCACUCCGGUGCCAACACAGGUGCCACCACUCUUACCCUGGCACGCUUCUUUUUAACAAAAGUCAUAUUUGUAUUUUUAUAUCUAAAUAUUUGUUAUUUAAAUGAUAUGCUAGUCAAUCGUCUUACAAUUCAUCAACAAAAAUAUUUCUACUUCAGAGAGGAUAUACAGAAUGAGACUAGGCUUCAUAGAGGCGAAUCUAAGAUUUUGGUCGACUGGUCUCAUUCUAUAUCAGAGGUUGGACGUUUUUUAAAGACUAACUGAAUGUGUCUGGGGUUUUUGCACACAUCAAUGUUAAACUAUUAUUAAGAAAUCGUAUACUGUGACUUGAGCUUCGUUGAUGAAUUUGUUAGAAAAUGGCAGUUUUAGAGUAUAUUGCACUGUUUACGAGUAUCCUCAAAUAACACGUUGUUAUUUGACCGAUUUUGGACAUUACAGUUUUUGUUUUUUAAUUUUGUUUAUUUUGUACCAUUAUUUUAAAGAAACUGGAUAUGGUUUGUUGUGCAUGAAACCUUAAUAUUUUCAAUAACGAAACAUCGUUUUAUGAAGCAAAAAAGCAACAAAAAUGUCAUGACAUUCUAAGAAUGAGUCAUUGUAUAUUAUGAUGCCAUUUUCACUGUAUUUGGUGAAUUAAUAAAUGGUGAAAGAAAAUGGAAA